GGUUCUCCUCGCCGUGAUAUCUGACUUCAACAUGUGGACGCUAAUGUUGCUGACUGUCUGCCUCGCCCCUACGUAUGGGGCGGCGGUUAGGGCAAAACCGGAUAACCCGGAGAAAGAAUCAUAUGUUGGCCAUCGCCUGGUCGGCGUGACGCCCACAAACAAAGAACAGGUUGAGUUCCUGCACGAGCUGGGUGAGACCGGCCACCUUGGGUUGGACUUUUGGCUGGACCCAGUGCUGGACCACGAGACACGGGUUCGUGUGCCUCCUAACGUGUACGCCAGGUUUGUGGACCUGCUGACCCAGGCUGGACUGACCCACGUCGUAGUCGUAGAAGACGUACAAGGAAUGAUCGACAACCCACCGGAGCUGGGACAGUAUGACAUGAGCACAUACAACUUUGUCUCGGGGAUAGCAGAUCACACCAAAUACCACCAGCUCUCCCAGAUCAAUACCUACAUAACAGGAUUUGCCAACAGCUUCAGUGGAGUGACUGCAUCCUCCUUAGCUCACAACACAUACGAAGGCAGGAGCACCAGGUAUCUCGAGAUAACUGGUGGCAGCAGUUCGAACAAGAAGCGGAUUGUCAUCGAGGCUGGCAUACAUGCCAGAGAAUGGAUCACGCCGGCCUCCAUGCUGUAUUUUGUUGAUAGGAUGCUUCACGAACGCUCUAACCCCGGAAGCCAGGCAGAAUACCUUUACAACAACUUCGAAUGGUAUAUUGUUCCUGUCACCAACCCUGACGGAUAUUCCUACACACACACCAAUAGUCGACUUUGGAGGAAGAACCGAAACAUCUGCUCUGGUACCAACAGUCGGGGAAUUGACCUGAACCGCAAUUUUGACGCCAACUUCGGAGGGGGUGGUUCUUCUAGCAGCUGUGCAUCAGACACAUAUCGAGGCCCCAGCGCCUUCUCUGAGGCGGAGAGUCGCAACAUGCGUGAUCUGGUCAGCUCCAUCAAGGCGACAAAGGGCGCCAUCUCCGCCUACAUCUCCGUCCACUGCUAUUCCCAGUAUCUGCUCACGCCCUACGGAUACGCCUACAACACUGUACCAGCUAAUGAUGCUGAAAUUAGACGGAUCACAAACUUGGCCCGAACAGCCAUCUUGAAUCGACCCGACGGGAAAAGUUAUGUAGUCGGCACUCCAGCUGAGAUUUUGUACGUUGCAUCGGGAAUCUCCGCCGAUUGGGCCAGGCUCCGAGAAGAGAUUCCAUACACUAUGACCUAUGAACUCCGACCUUCUGCAGGGACCAGCAACGGGUUCGUCCUUCCGACAAGCGAGAUAAUCCCGACUGGAGACGAAGUGUGGGCCUCGCUGUUUGCCAUUGCGUCGGAACUCUAGAUGAAUUCUGACAGCCCAUUUCUGUCCAACUAUUUACCAAAGUUGGCGGUAAUUGGAUAAUUACGGUGGCCCAAAAGCGACAUGGAGUCUGUUUUUCCAUAUUUUGAUAUUUCACUUACUUUUAUCGUAACCUUUUGCAAAUUAACACAAUUGGUCAUACAAAUAUGUAAUAAA